UCCAUCCAAGUCGAGGUCGCAGAAGUUCGUGGAGAGAAGAUAAGUGAAAUGGCAAUGGUGUAGAAUUCCGCUUUUCAACCUUUGGAAUUGCCUUACUUCUUCUCAAACCGUAGGGCAUCCGUAUGAAUACUGCACAGCAGAUAUUAGCGAUCGACACAAGAUAUAACACUUACAGGUCAUCCAACAACCCACAGCUGCGAACACUUUACCUUAAGAGAAGAACACAAUUAUUAAAUGAAAAAGCACUGAAAGAGAAAGAUCCAAGCAUAAGAAGAAAGUACUUUGGUUUGAGAAAACAAUUGCUGGCAAGGAAAUAUGGUCCUAUCUCUGUAGCUGGAAGUGUGAGGAGCAGUUUAAGAAGCAGAACAAGUUCUAUUGAGGCCAGUUUUGAUAAUCUCCAUAUCGAUCCUUCAUCGCCACAUGAAUUCCGCCCCACACACCGGCGAUUCGGUAGCACAGGGUUCGGCAGUGGAAGCUCCUUUGGUUUCGUGUACAAGAAUGAGCAAAUGGCUGACGAAAAGAAAGAAGGUGUUAUCCCAACCACAGAUGCAGCAGCCAGCAGGGCAAUGGCUGGAAAUACAUCAUUAAGCGAAAACUAUGCGUUUGCUGGAAUGUCUCAUAUCUUUGACCAGCAUGGGGACGCCGUUACAGGAAUUAAAUUUGGACACAACGAUAAAUUUAGGCUGGUCUGCAGUUCCAUGGAUGGUACGCUUUCAAUCUGCAACCUUAGCACAUCGCCACCUUCAGUCACGUGCAUGUUACGAGGACACUCGAAAGGAGUCAUGGAUUUCGACUGGUCGUUAUCCAACGAUUUUAUCGUGUCUGCAUCGCUGGAUGGAACAGCACGAGUGUGGGACAGUUCAUCUGGUCAAAACGUGCGCGUUCUCCCAGACACAUACGAUGCCGCGGUCCUAUCUUGUCGAUUUGUUCCUCUCAAUAACAAUAUCAUUGUUACCGGAAAUAAAAAAGGCUACGUCCAAGUCUUCAACAUGUCAACUGGAAAAUGUGCAAAGGGUGGAAGUGCCAAAGCCUUAGGCCCUGUGCGUGCUCUGGAAUUUGACACAUCGGGGAAUAUUCUGUGGAGCGGAGAUGAUAAGGGCUCGGUUUUUGCUUUUUCGAUCAACAUGCUAGGCAAGCUCCAACGAACAAGGAGAAUAAUUAUUGCGGAUGGAUGCCCUGUGACGUCAAUAUCUUGUCGCACAUGGAUAAGUCGAGAGGCACGUGACCCGUCACUGUUAAUCAAUUGCAUGAACAACCGUCUAUAUCUUUAUGGAAUCACUAGCAGCGAUGGCAGUCUGCAACUAAAGUCAUCCUUCCCAGUUCAUCAUAAAAAACACAUGAUUCGAUCUUCGUUUUGUCCGCUGAUGUCACUCCGAAAAGGCGCUUGUGUUGUAACUGCAAGUGAAGAUAUGGCGGUGUAUUUUUAUAACGUCGAACGUGCAGAUCAGCGAUGUUUAAACAAGUUGUUAGGCCACUCGGCUCCUGUCUUAGAUGUCUGUUGGAAUUAUGAUGAAAGCCAGCUAGCGUCUUGUGAUACUGAGGGAACAGUUAUUGUUUGGAAGCGAGAGCAACUAACGUAACACAAAGGUGCUAAAAAUUAUGGCCUAACGGAAUGUGAUGUUUUGACAGAUUCAAAUUAAGGUCAAUAUGGUUGUUACAUUUUGUGACAGUAGUUGUUUCGUAGCGGCUCGAAGUACAAAAUUACACAUGCAAUAUAAAGUAAGACAAUUCUGAUCAAAGGAACUUUUUUAUUACCAAGAAUAAAUAUAAUUUUAGUUUAAUGGGUAGGGAUGCAAGUUCACAUAAUUUGUAUCAAAAUAAUUUGGAAAUAUUAUCUUUAAGAGAAAACAA